AAGUACUCAAAGCAAGUCGACAGAUGAUCUUACGAUAAAACUUUUGUUGUUUGAAUUUCUUGUUAUUUUUGAUCACAAAAAUAUUACAGAAUUAGUUAAAAGUACUCAAACAAAUCAUCAGGACGUGCCUGCCCAGGUCGAAAAGAAAAAUAUGUAAUGUAUUUAGUUUUCWUCAAGAAGGAUCGAACUUGUGUUGGUUCCAUCAAGUGUGGAUGCUGGAACAUUUUCCUUGUCGUGACAGCUAGUCGCUGAUUUUGAAUUCGUACAGUUUUAUUUUUAGCAUGGGCGAUCAUUUCAAUCAAAGCUGGUACCACGGCAAGAUAACCAGAGAACAAACCGAAUCCAUUCUGACUGGUAAAAAUCCAGGCACUUUCUUGAUUCGAGACAGUAAAAGUCURCAAGGCGACUAUGUUUUAGCAGUUAGUGAGGGUGGUAAAGUGAGCCAUUACAUCAUCAACCAUAAAGGGACCUAUUAUCAGAUAGGAGACCAGACUUUUCAAACAUUACCUGAAAUAAUUGACUUUUACAAAAAACACCUUCUGGAUAAAACAACACUCAAAGAACCRGUUGCAAAACCAGAACAGCUACAUGCAAUGUUUAACUUUGACAGUGAGGAUAAAGAAGAUUUACCUUUUAAAAAAGGAGAUACAUUAACUUUAGUGAAAAAAGUUGAAGAAAACUGGUGGAAAGCAAGAARUAAAAGUGGCAGAGAGGGAAUGAUACCUAGAAACUAUGUUCAAUUGAUUUCCCAAGGAAAUACUUCAUCACAAACUUUGCCUUCAACAACAAGUGGUUUAACGAGACAAGGAAGCCGGAACUCAAACCCAGAAGAUAAUACACAGUUUGGUAGCCUACCACUUCAAAAUUCAGGUAGACAUUCCAGCCCUGGUGUGUCGCGUGAUAAGCCUAAGAAUGACGGCUUUGAGUACGCCAUGGCUAUUAUGGACCACAUCAAGGUUUAUGAUGAUGACCUCCUUUCCUUUAAUAAAGGAGAUGUGAUCAAAAUAAUCAAGAAACAUGAAGAUGGCUCCUGGUUUGGUGAAGCUAAAAACAAAACUGGAAAAUUCUCUUUUACUUAUGUCCAGCUAAUGCCAAAGAAUGACCAAAAUGGAGUCUAAGGCCAAAGGAUGGAUUGAGACCUGUCAAAGAAGUUGAUUUUUAGACAUUUACCUUAGACUUAUUUUAUUAUUAUUAUUUUUUUUUGCAUCACUUUUUGGGCUUGAAUAAUAGUUUUGAUUAGGUUUUUUUUAUUAACAGAGAAUCCAUUGCAACCAUAAACUACAGUAGCAUGCAAAAAGAAUUACACCAAAAUUUCUAAUUCUGUGAUCGACAGGUUUUGACACCCGUUUUGUGCGCUGAAAGUCUGAUUUGAUAACGUUCAAUGUUUUAAAAUGACUAAAAUAUCAGAAAUGUCAUGAAAGUUGGAAUGAUAAUGAAAGAACACUUUGGCAAAGAAUUUUGAGCGAGUGUUUUGGAAACCGACAUCGAAGGGCAUUCUUCUGAUUUUGUUUAAACAACGUUGCAAUCUUUGAUAUUCCAGAGUAACAUACUAAAGUAUCCUGCAAGUWACAAGCAAAAAGGACUAGUUCAUCUCAUUUUACCAAUGUUUAAAUCCUAAAGGAUACGUAUCUGUCCAAUGUUUCGAUUUAUUUCCUAAAACGUCUUCGCGAUUUUAUUCAAAGUCAGACAUUUGCACAAAACUUGUCCACAAUGCUAUUAUCACRGAAUAUUAAUAUUUAUUAUAUAUUCGCAUUUCACUGAGUAGAAACCCUGAUUUGAAAAAUUGAUGAAUUGCAUGCUUUGUUUAUCGGUUUCCAUUGAAUGUAAACAUAAAUAUCACCACCAACCCAACACUUCAAAACCCAAAAACUGGUGCAAAACUUAUGACUGUCUAAAAACAAUUUCUUGCAACAGCUCCUGGGAGAUAACUUAAAGUACUUUUAGAAUAAUUAUGAUAACAUCAGGUUUAAUACUGCUAUCUAAUUAGACCAUUCCGAGUGUAAUCUUGCAGUUUUUCGUUGAACUAGCUCUCAAUUAUUAUUAUGGCCGAUAACAAAACGAAAAAGGGACUGGGUCCGAACUUCAAAAUCUAAUUAAAUAAUGGUUCCAGAAAGAAUGACCCCAUCAYGUGAGAGAGCACCAUACAAAAGGCUUACUGACUGAGUUUCAUGAUGUUUGAACUUAUAGCAAUAAAGUUACGGACAUUCAAACCAUGCCAAAAUUACAAAGAAAURUAUGGUGUCCAGCCAAACAUACAUUCUUUGUAAUUUUCGAAAUUUUUGAAAAAUUCUAUUCCCAAUUCUAAUGACUUAAACUUGCUCAAACUUUAAACUUUAGCUAAUUUUUAAGUGCUUUGUCUAUCGACAACAGAUUUCUGCAUGUAAGAUUGUAUCACUUUAUUUACAGUCCCAGGUCCCUGCUCGUUUUGUUAUCGGUCUUAUCGGCCAACUGAAAUGUUGACAUUUCAUUUUUAGAAGUAGUUGUAUUGCAAAACAGAUGUGUAAAAAAWAAUAACAGGGGUGCAAGGGCACACAUAGAAAGGUAGUAUAAAGUUAUUUGACUGUGCAAAGUCCCUGCUUUACUAAAACUAUCACUUGUUUAUUGUAAGCGCUCUCAGUACACCAGCCAUGAGUACAGCGGGGCGUAUUGUAAUACUGAAAAACGA